AUGGAUGACAGAGAAAUUAAUCGUGAGAAACUCUAUCGCAAUGGUGUACCACAAGAUAACCCUCAAACAUAUCCUCUCGAUCCAAAUCAUACUCACUUUAUUCUUCUAGACGAUAGAUGUGGUGCAGGCGAUGAGAAAUGGAGGAAAAAACGAUAUAGUGUUCGAGCCGACCUCACUAUUCAGUUACGGACUGAAAUUGAACGAGAAGCCCGUUAUAGUUCACAUUAUAGACAAAACUACAACACACCGAUUAUUCAAAUAUUGAUUGGAGGUGGUCGUUCAUCCCUUCUAACAGUGAUUGAAGCAGUAACUCAUGAAACACCAGUCAUUGUCGUUGAAGAUGCUCAAUUAGAUAGUGCUUUAGUUCAUGCAAUACGAUACGACUCGGUACAGUUUGUUGAACUUCUCAUUGAACAAGGUGCAUCAUUUGAUCGUCUUCGACGAUUGAUCAAUCUUAAUGACUUAUACAAGAAAAAAUCUGGCCUACCAUUAUUGGAUGAAGAAAUCGUACAUACCGAUAAUAACAAACAACAAAUGUAUUAUAAACAAUAUCUGGACACGGAAGCUCUGAAAACAAUCGAAUCUCUCGAAAACACUAUUGUUGCUGCUCUUGUGGCGAGUAAAAUUUAUAAAAAAGCAGCUGAAAUGACUGAAUCCAAAGAACAAAAACGAGAAUACAUUGCAAAAAAGAAAGACUUUGAUGUACAUGCAGCACAGAUUAUUGAUAAAUGUUUUUCUCAAGAUGAAUAUCUUGCCCUCGACUUAUUGACAACACAAUCAAAAUUAUAUUUCGGCUAUACACCGAUAGAACUGGCUGAAGAAACUAAUAGCCGUACAUUUUUAGCUAGUGAAUGCGUACAAGCAUAUGCCGAUCGACUCUGGUAUGGUCAUAUUGAACAGCCUGCCCAUAGAAAAAAUAUUGUUAAUAUUUUGGUCGGUGAUGUAUAG